AUGGCACACAUUGACGAGUACGACGCUGAAAAGGGGAUUGACCCCAUCAAGAGCCGAACCGAAGUCGAUGAGAAAGGCCGCAAGUCGUCUGUCACCGAGUCCAUUAUCGCAGCCGACCUGCUGGAUGAGCGCUAUGCCAUCACUCACCGUGGGCUCAAGAGCAGACAUGCUCAAAUGAUUGCCCUGGGCGGAACUAUUGGGACUGGUCUCUUCGUCGGUUCCGGUCAAACGCUCGCUCUGGGUGGUCCUGCAUUCAUAUUGGCGGCCUACGUGAUCAUGACUUUCCUGGUAUAUUGCGUCGUGACCGCCGUCACCGAAGUAGCCGCCUAUCUACCCGUCCACGGAGGGACCAUGUCUUACUAUGGCUAUCGAUAUGUUUCUCGCUCCAUGGGCUUUGCAUUGGGUUAUCUCUAUUGGUACGCCCUGGGAAUUCUUGUCCCGUACGAAAUCACCGCGGCCGGUUUGGUCAUCAACUACUGGCCCAACAGCGUCAACAUUGCCGUCUGGAUGACGAUUAUGCUGGUUGUCAUCAUCGCCCUGAAUUUCCUCCCCGUCAGAUUCUACGGCGAGACGGAAUUCUGGUUCGCAGGAACAAAGGUCAUCUUGAUGGUUGGUCUCCUCAUCCUCAGCUUCAUCCUCUUUUGGGGCGGCGGCCCUAGUCACGACCGUUUGGGUUUCAGGUACUGGCACGAUCCAGGCGCAGCACAUCCUUACAUCGUCGGAGGCGACACAGGUCGCUUUGUCUCCUUCUGGGAAACCCUCGUUCUCUCCGUGUUCCCUUUCACCUUCGCCCCAGAACUUCUGGUCGUGACGGGUGGAGAAAUGGAAUCACCACGACGCAAUCUUCCGCUUGCCUCCAAGCGUUACUUCUACCGUCUGGUCAUCUUUUAUGUCCUCAGCGUCCUGGCGAUGGGCGUGACCUGCCCCAGCAACGAUGCACGCCUGACCAACGGCGGGGCCGGUGCUAAGUCUUCGCCAUUCGUCGUCGCCGUCGCCAACGCCGGGAUCCACACUCUUCCAUCCAUCGUUAACGCCGUGAUCUUGAUUUCGGCCUGGUCGUCCGGCAACUCCUUCCUCUACAUCUCCUCCCGAGCGCUCUAUUCGCUUGCUGUUCAAGGCUCCGCCCCCCGAAUUUUCAAAGCCUGCAACCGCUGGGGUGUUCCGUACAUGGCAGUGGGCUGUUCCUCCCUAUUCUGCGGUCUCGCGUACCUCAACGUCGCCUCCUCUGGCUCUACGGUUUUCAACUGGUUUGUUAACCUUACCAAUACUUGGGGCAUGACCAGUUGGGUUUGCUGUAUGAUCAUCUAUUUCCGCUUCCGGAAGGCCUGCCGAGCGCAAGGAAUCGAGCCUAUAUACCGCAACUGGAUCCAACCCUACGGCGCCUGGAUCGCCCUGGUCGCAUUCACGAUCCUCUGCCUUAUCAAUGGCUUCACCGUUUUCUUCCCCAGCCAAUGGUCUGCCUCUUCGUUCUUGACCGCCUACAUCGGGAUCCCUAUAUUCCUCGUCAUGUACGUUGGGCACAGGAUCGUGUUUUGGCGUGAUAAGUGGGCGUGGGACCCCAUGGAGGUGGACAUGAAGACGGGCUUGCAAGAAGUUAUUGACGCAGAGAGGCCACUGAAGAAGAGAAAAGGGUUCGCAAGGAUUUGCAUGAUCAUCGAAUAA